AUGUCUACAACAAUUAAGGAUAACAACAACGAUACCCAUAAUGUCACCCCAGACGAUCCCAAAAUUUUGCCCAAUAAUUUUCUGCCUUCAGCAGAAAAUUUAGCGGCAGCAUUUUUGAAUUUUCCUCCGCCUCCAGUCCCAUCUGACAGAACUUCAAAUAAUCAACUUGUUAAUUUUCCAUUGCCGCCACCCGGAUUUGCUGGUGGAAUUAAUGCUAGGCCACCCACGGGUUUUAUGCCGUUUCUCCCUGUCUUUGCACCUCCUUUCAUUAAUCCAGCUUUAAACGAUGCUACAGCAGCAUUUUAUCGUCCACAAAAUCCUCAUCAAACCCAACGGCAUUUAUUAAAUCAACGAGGAAUAAUGAAUAGUUUUUUAAAUAGAGGAAAUUUAGCUGAUUUACACCAACAAAAUCAGAAUUUAUUACAUCAGAAUUUACUUCAAAAUUUAAACCAGAACAAUUUUGAGCAACAGAAAUUACUUCAAACCCAAAAUUCUGUUUUGUCUUCCUCUCAGAAUCCUCGUGAAAUUUUUCACCAACAAGCUAGUGACAUUCAGCAACAACAAAGCUUACUCCCUUCAUCUUCUCUUCAACAACAAAAAAAUAAUUUUGAACACUCCCAACAACAACAAGAGAUAAUUAUUGAUGAUUCAGACAAUUCUUCCUUAGACCCGAAUUCCCCUUUACCCGUUCCUUUACCAACAUUACCCCCUCCAACAAUUCCUCCUCCCCCACCACCACCUCCCCCUCCGCCACCACUACCUAAUCCUUUAAAUAUUGAAGGGCAACGACAUCAAGAACAUGUUAAUAAUGAUGCUGAUUUGUUGAUACCGCCCCCUCCACCACCGCUUAACUCAAGCAGUCAUUUUGGAGCAGAUUCACCUAUGGAUAUUGAAGAUGAAACAUUAAAUGAGAGACAAUCAACUUCUGGAGGUGCUCAUUUCAAUAAUAUUUCACCAGAAAAGAAGAAAAACAACAACACUUCAACAACACCAACAAAAAAGCGUAGCAAAAGUGUUCAGGCUGCGGAUGCUUUAAUGAAGCAAUCCUUAAAGCCUUACUUCGCUAAAAGAAAAAUCACCAAAGACGAAUAUAAAGAAAUUAUGAAAAGAGGUGUUGCUAAACUAAGCAAACGUGAAUCCCUCAAACCUGAAAAAGUGGAAAAGUUUGUACAAAAAUUUGUUCAUUCAAUGAGAAAGCAGAGAAAGAAUAACAACAUUUUUGCUUUAUAA